GCAACCGCUCUAUAAGAAUGUGGGGGCGUGUAUGUCUAGCUGUACAACACUGAACAGCUAGCUAGAAUGGCUACUGUAACUCUAUUUUUCUGCUGUUUGCUGGGAAGUAUUUCUCUUGUGCAUGGGCAGACUUUGGUGCGACUAGCAGCAGCCAAUGAGUUCUCCACUCUCAUUGACCAUACUGGAGAUAUUGUCUCGUUCACUGUUAUCGGACCAGGAUAUGGCCUCUGUCCCUGGAUCUGCUUCACCACAGACCCUACUAACGUAGAGUGGCAGUUUCCUAAUGGGACUACAGUGACUGAGAUUGAAAACAAAUUUGAUAUUGAAACCGAUUUAUCUAGUGGAAGAACUAUUAGGAAUCGUUAUGCUCUGUUCCGUGGCCAUGACUAUUUUCCCCCUGACGGAGAGUACUGCUGUGUGAAGAUGAAUGGCAGUGUGGAGGCUGAGAGGAAAUGUGUCACCUUCACUCCCUGCCCUACACUGAGUCCUGUCAUGGAUACCAAUGGAACGAUUUCAUACGACCCUAUCACCAAUGAGGCUACCUACAGCUGUGUCACUGGUUACACACCAACUAGUAAAACAGCUCUACAAAUAACUUGUGAAAGUAAUGGCACUAGUGCUGGUACCUGGUUUCCAACACCACCAUUAAAUGUUACUUGUACAAUUGUCGACUGUGGAGAACUGGGUGACCCAACCAAUGGAGCAGUGAACACAUCCUCCGGAACUACUUACCUCCAAACAGCUACUUACAGCUGUGAUGCUGGAUACCGGCUUAUUGGAGAUGUGACCAGAACAUGUCAAUUAGCUAAUGGAAUGUGGAGCUCUAGUGAACCUGCAUGUGAAUUCAUUGUCUUAUCCAUUGGAGGCACCGUCUACACUAACAGCACAGCUCUUUCUUUCUCCCUCAUUGGAGAGGGCUUCUCUGCCCUUACCUGUCACACUGAACUCAUCACCUGUUGCAGGGAGCAAGACAAUCCCACUGGAGGAGCUCUUGGAGGGUGGAGAGGACCAGACGGGAACAGCAUACUCGAAGCAAGUAAUACUUGUCCAUCAGACGGAUUUUACAUGACCAGAGGUGUCAGAACUAUUAGCCUGAAUCAUCAUGGCAGUGAAACACUGGCAGGAGGUGUCUACUGCUGUACUAUUCCCCGAGCUAGUGAUGCCAUUCAAACAUUAUGUGUGCUGGUGCAAGUUCCUGCACCAUUAACUAUCGAUGGACCUACAGUAGCACUGGGAGUGUUGCUAGCAAUUGCCGUGGUAGCCAUUGUUGUAUUGAUCACUCUAGUUAUUAUUGGGAAAAAACAACUUUCACAAGCAAGAAGUCAACUGAAGCAGAUCUUCCAAAACAAACAACAGCUAGCUUAUGAUUCACCCGAUCAGGUGGCUUCUUAUGAAAAUAUAAGGAAGCUAGAUGUGGGUGGCCCCCCCACAGCUAUUAAGCUGAGUGAGUGUCCAGCAUAUGGACCCACUGGGUCAGGGAGUGGGCAGAGGAGAGAUGAAGAUCAUAUCUAUGACAAUUAAUUAUAAUAAUGAACUCUUUAUUCACUAAUGUGCUGAUGCUCUUGUAUUUCGGUAUUAUAUAUAUAGCACUAUACUUUUAUUAUCACACUGA